AUGAGUCAUAGAGAAGAUGUGUCAACACAGCCUGAGGAGGAGGUGCAUAAGGCCCCACCUUCAUACCGCAGCAGGCAGACCAAUGCAGUGACAAGGGACGGCGGUCGACCCAGAUGGAGGCCAUGCCAGUUACACAACCAGGAGCAACAGAACCACGUCCAUCACUAUUAUCAGCAGGCUCACCACCAUCAGCCGGGGAGUAGUCGGCUGCCACCACGCCAUCGCAAGCGCCAUGUCCCAGGCCAGGCACAGCGAAGGCAAAGCGACGGCUCAAAUCCAGAGCCAAAGCACGGCCAGCAAGCACACCAAGGUGUGACACGGUACCGCCGGAACGGGGAGAGAUCACAUCAGCACAAAACCAGACAGCAGAAAGAACUGUAUGGCAUUCCAGCUACGCAGCAGCUCUCUGGCGCCUCUUUGACAAAUCACCCAUCAGAUACUUUAACCUGUGAAGCUUCUCCACAGGACCUGCAGGUUCCCCAGGUCAACGAGGAACCAGCUGCAGAGGAGGAAAAAGAUAGCCCAGGGUUACUGCGCUCAGCCAGCACAGAGAGCAGCUUUAACACACACACUGACCAGGCUGAAGACCAGCAGGGAGAGAGAGAAGAUGAAGGAGAACGUGAGGAAAAGCAGAAUGAGGAUGAGGAAUGUCUUGAAGGCAAAGAUCAGUGGGAAGAGUGUGAAGAGCCAGGGAAAGAAUGUCACUCAAAGGAGGACCAGUGCUCAGAGGAUCAGGAUGUCCACAGCAAUGACUGGCAGUCUGACAGUCAAGAUGUUGCCAUCUCAACACCGAAUGUUCCACCCUUGACUGCAGCUGUUCAUCAGUCAUUAACCAUGGCAACAAAGCAGCCCUCGCAGUCUCUGUCUGAGCCUCUCAACCAGUACAAAGCUGAACUCAGAGAAGAUAUUUUUCACAUGAACUCAACUGGAUAUACGGCCAUGAAGAGCGACAUGGUGGUUAAUAGUGCGUCCCGCACUCAAUCCUACCACGAAAUCCACUCAGAAUCCUCACCAGUGGCCUUCCCAGUCUCCUAUGCAGAACCAAACUCUGAGUUCUCCACUGCCCAUUAUCCAGAACUUUACAAUGAUUUCUCCCCAGAGCCCCACAGAGAAUCAUUCACAGUACCACUCACAGAACCCUACCAAUACCCUACAGAGGAGCAGAAUGCAUAUGAGAUGAGGAUGCCCCACCAUAAGGUGGAGCUCCAACCAAGCACACAGGUUCACCCCAAACAGAGUAACUCAGUGGGCUCACGGCUCCAUCACUAUAACGACCAGUCAGGUGAUGAGGAUGACACUCCUGGUGGUGGCAGAGUGCGGAUCAGAAAGAGCAUUAGCUCCCACAGUGUUGGGCAAGUACCUCUGUCACAGGAAAAGAAACCUGAGGGUGCUUACACGCUGCCUAGGCAGCACAGAGCUGGCAAACUGCAGGAUGAACAUGUAGAGAGGAGGGCUAGGCCCACAUCUCUGACUCCGAACCCUCUAGAGGACUCCUGUGGUAAGCCCAGAGGAGAUGCCAUCUCUUUGGCCAUUAGAGACAUUAAAGAGGCCAUUCAGGAGGUGAAAACCAAGACGGUACGCUCACCCUACACGCCGGACAAGCCCAAAGAACCUGUGUGGGUGAUGAGGCAAGAUGUUACCCCUGUUGAAGAGUCCCAUCCACAGUCCCCCCUACAAACCAGGGUGAGCACAUUAAUCACUAAUGCCCCAGUCCCAGACCCUGCUGUUCCUGUGGGUGCUGAAUCUUCUAGAACACCCGAGUCUCAGGAUGCAGAUGUCAGUCCAAGAUUACCUCCAGUCGAAGAUCCCAGAAGAAAUUUGGCUUUGUUUCCCACAUACGUUGAUGUUCCCGGACCAUGUGAUCCUGAAGAUCUCAUUGAUGGCAUCAUAUUUGCUGCCAACUACCUGGGCUCAACUCAGCUGUUGUCACAGAGGACGCCCACUAAAAGUGCCCGCAUGCAACAAGCCCAAGAGGCCAUGAGCCGCGUCAAAGCGGCCCAGAAACAGGCUAAUAACAGGAAGAAGGGAAGUGAAGGUGAGUCACCGUCUAUGACAGAGGUGGACCUUUUCAUGUCAACUCAGAGGAUCAAAGUGCUCAACGCAGAAACACAGGAGACAAUGAUGGACCAUCCUCUCAGGACCAUUUCCUACAUUGCAGACAUUGGGAACAUGGUGGUUCUGAUGGCCCGAAGGAGAAUGAUUCGUUCUCAGAGUGCACAGGAUCACUUGGACACUGCAGCCACACAGCACACAAACCCCACGCGUGACGACCGCCGCCAGUACAAGAUGGUCUGCCACGUGUUUGAGUCUGAGGAUGCUCAGCUCAUUGCCCAGUCCAUUGGGCAGGCCUUCAGCGUGGCAUAUCAGGAGUUCUUGCGUGCAAAUGGCAUUGAUCCAGAGGAUCUUAGCCAGAGAGAAUACAGUGACCUCCUCAACACUCAGGACAUGUACAACGAUGACCUCAUUCACUUCUCCAAGUCAGAGAACUGCAGAGAUGUGUACAUUGAAAAACAGAAAGGAGAGAUUCUUGGAGUGGUCAUAGUGGAAUCAGGCUGGGGUUCCAUUCUGCCCACUGUUAUCAUUGCUAGCAUGCAGCAUGGUGGGCCGGCCGAGAAGUCUGGCCGACUGAACAUAGGGGAUCAGAUCAUGACUGUCAAUGGCACCAGCCUGGUGGGUCUGCCCCUGUCCACCUGCCAGAGCAUCAUUAAGGGGUUGAAAUCUCAGUGCAGAAUAAAGAUGAACAUUGUGAGAUGCCCACCUGUUACCAUGGUGCUCAUACGCAGACCUGAUCUUCGAUAUCAACUCGGAUUCAGUGUACAGAAUGGCAUUAUCUGCAGUCUCAUGAGAGGGGGCAUAGCGGAGAGAGGGGGUGUCCGUGUUGGCCAUCGCAUCAUUGAGAUCAACAGUCAGAGCGUGGUGGCCACGCCCCAUGAGAAGAUCGUUCAUAUCCUGUCCAACGCCGUAGGGGAGAUCCAUAUGAAGACUAUGCCUGCAGCCAUGUACCGUCUGCUCACGGCCCAGGAGCAGCCUGUCUACAUCUGA